AUGCCUCGUCAAACACUCAUCGCCUGUUGCAGCUUCGUCGGCACGUACGCCUUCGGUGGCCUCGACCUUGCGGCCACGCUCCCACCGGGCGUCGCCGCCGGCGCGACAGCCGCGGUGGCGGCGCUCGGGGGCGUCGCGGCGGGCCGCCUCGCGAAGAGCGACGACGCGGACGACCGAUGGCUCAACGACUGGACCCAAAAGACGCGCGGCGCCGCGGCGCUCUGGGCCUUGAUGGACUGUGGUAUCGUCGACGCGCUGCCGGACCGGGACUGCCCGGGCCUGUCUUCCGCAGAGCUCAUCGCCGCGGCGCGGGAAACCAGUGAACGCGCGCCCGCGGCCGACGCGGCCGACGCCGUCGCGCGCUUGCUGCGGCACCUCGCGCUCCUGAAAUUCUGCGACGAAUCGCCGACGUGGCGGUUCAGGCAUUCCGCGAGAUCUCGAGCUUUUGUAUCAGAUGAUUUGGCGCGGAGCCGGGCGCUGAGCAACCUCUCGCCGGCGCUCGUGCGGCCCUGGUGGCGCGUCUCGGAGGCCCUCCAGCAAAACGAGGCGCCCUUUUCCCUCGAGCACGGCGAGGGCGCCUGGGACUAUCUGUCCAGGAACGAACGCGAUGCGAGUCAUUUUGACAGUCUUAUGAAGGGCCUCUCUGAGAAAGGUGGCGCGGAGAGGUCGCUCGUGGCGCUUGGGGCGUCCGACGCCGCGUUCGCGUGGUCCGAGCUGCCGCAACGGUCACGAGUGAUUGAUGUGGGCGGCGGCGAAGGCCAUCUCCUGGCACAAAUACUCAAGAACCACCCGCACUUCGUCGGCACGUGCGUGGACCGGUCCGACGUCGCGGCGCGGGCGUCGGCCUACCUCUCGAACGUCGCCGGCGCGGAGGCCGUCGCGGGGUCGUUUUUCGAGCAACUGCCCGCCGGCGACGUCUACGUGCUCAAGUGGAUCUUGCACGACUGGGACGACGACGACGCGCUUAGAAUAUUGCAGGCGGUCCGGAAAUCCAUGACCGCAGACGCGCGCCUCGUCGUCUUGGAGCGCGUCGUCGGCGACGCGCGCGCGACGGACGCGCACAUGUGGGUCUGUUUCGGGGGGAAGGAGCGAAGUACCGCGGCCUUCGAGGGAUUACUCGGAGACGCCGGCUUCGUCACACGUUCGAUCACCCCUCUGGACGGCGACGCGCUAGUAGCGAUAGAGUGCGAAACGAGACAGUAA